AUGGAAUGUGAAGCUGAGAGCUGGAGACCAGUUGAAAGUGGCGGGGGGAGGAUUCUGCCUGAGGCGAAGGGGUUCCAGAUAGAUCUGGGCUGUGACGAAGAUCACCUGGCACUGCACUUCAACCCACGUUUUGAGGAUGACACGGACGGUGCUGUGCUCGUGUGCAACUCAAAGAUUGACGGCUGCUGGGGUCAUGAGGAGAGAGAGAAACACAGUGGCCUCCAAAGGGGUUCUACUUUCAAGAUUGUCCUGAAGCUGACCGGAGACCUGUUUGAAGUGGAGAUGCCUAAUGGACAUGAGAUCAAAUUCCCCAACCGUUCCGUCUUGGACGUCAUUACCUACGUUCGUGUCAGAGGGGACUUAAAGCUCACCGCCUUUAAGAUCUACUAAAGAGACCCAUAAUAUCCACCUUGUGUAGCCUGGCAACAACGGCACGGCCAAUUUGUCUCAUUUUGUCUUCCAAUUUCCGUGGCGUUCCGGCCCAAUGACACACAAGCAAGUGGGCGGGGCUACAUAUAGAGUUAGACCAAUGGGCAGUAAAGACAGGAUCAAUGGCCUGUAUCAAAUAGUAAAUGGAAAUAUGGGAUGACCAUGGUACGUUUUGUUGUCACAAUAUUCUGACAAACAGUAAACACAAGGGACAACUGGGGAUGAGGUUAGGAUACUGUCAACUAAUUACAUUCCUUUACAAAUACAGACGUAUUACACACACACACACAUCUUGAUGAAAUAUCAGUCAAUGUUUUACUUGUUUUGGUGAGAGAGAAUGUAUUCUGAUACUGUAGUA